GUUUUGUUCUCAGAAAAAAAGUUGCAGUCAUUGUUUUUAUAAUUUCUCAAAAGUUUUUGGUCAUAAUUUUCUAUUUUCGAAUAUGGUGCAUUUCCCCCCAAAAAGUGUUUCUUUAUUUGUUGCUCUUUUCUGUGAGUUAUUCAUUCGUUUUCCCAACGGGAAGUUAUUAUUCUCAUUUUGAUUAAAAAAAAAAAAAGUUUGACGUCUGGUUGACAAAUGAUGGUGAAACGUCGGGCGGGGGCGCUAGCUUCGACCAAGUCAGCAAUCAAUCAGGCGUGUGGGUUUGUAAUUUUGGAGCGGCCGACCUCGUCAAGUUUGCUCCUCCCACCUGGCCUUGCCACUUUUGCUGUUGGGGGGGCGCUAUUUGCCCGAAGCUCCUCGAGCGGAAUGGACGUGUGGGCACCGGCCCCUGCGGACGGCUCAACCAAAGGCUGGUACCUGGCGCUGAUGGCGCCCAACACCAAAGGGCCGGAGUUCGCCUGGCUGGACCCGUCCAGACUUUACUGCAACGCGCAGGUAUUGCGACCUGUCGCCCUUCGUCCCCCCCCCUUCCGCCACGACGCCGUCGACCUGGUGGCCGGCAUCGACGCCAUGGGUUUCAUUCUCGGAGCGUCGAUGGCCAGCGCGCUGGGCAAAGGCUUCCUGGCGGUGCGCAAAGCGGGCCACCUUUGCGUGAGCAGCCAACGGCAGGCGUACAGCGACUACACGGGCCGGGAGAAGACCAUGGAGGUACGGGACGACGUGAUCCGCCCGGGUGUGAGGGUGUUGUUGGUGGACCAGUGGAUCGAGACCGGGGGAACCAUGAAGGCCGCCAUCCAGCUGCUGGAGAGGAUGGGCGCCACCGUCGUGGGUGUGGCCGCUGUGGCCAUCGAGAACACGGAAGGAGGCAAGUGGAUUCGAGAGCGUUACAAAUGCUCGCACUGCAUCCCCGAGGAGCUCCAGAGCCAAAUCGAUGGCAAACAUUUGGACUCCUUCAACAGCUUCGGGAAAUGAAAAGAGGGCUCGGCGACAAGUCCCAAACAUUCCUUUCAUUCAAAGAAAACAUUUUAUUGUGGACUUUGCAAAUACGACGGUCAUGG